AUGUUUCGCCAGCAGCCACAGCAAAAUUUUACAGCAUCACAGUCUCCGGAUUUGCGCAAAAUGACUCCGACAUCGGGCUCCUUAGGUGGAUAUCCCGCUGCGAACAGUUUUGCGCAAUUCCCUGGUCAGUUCGGAGCGCAAAGUUCACCCGAUCUUUUGUCGCGCAACCCUGACCCCAUGGCGCUGCAAAACCUUCAGCGUGGCUUCAAUCCAAUGGCUCAUCUCCGCCCUCAGCCGGGAAUGGGAUCACCCGCCGGCAUUCAUCCGAUGAAUGUCCCUUCUCCUCAGCAGACCAUGAACAGACUACCUCACGCCGGUAUGCAUCAAAGAGAUCACCAUCCUUCGGCUAGCCCGUCUAUGGCCAGUCCCUCCAUGUUUGCUAUGAAUCAGCAGCGACAAGCGCAGUCCCAGUCCCAGCCGCAAUCGCCACAACAAACACAACAGCAGACGCACCAGCAAUUGCAGCAGCAGAUGCAACAGCAGCAGUAUCAACAGCGACUUGAACAGCAACAGUUGUUGGAACAGCAGAAGCAAAUUCACCAGCAGCGGUUAGAGCAACAACGUGCCGAGCAGCAGCGGAUUGAACAGCAGCAGAAGGCCUUGGAAAAGCAAAAGCUGGAAGAACAGCAGCAGCAGCAGGAACAGCAAGACCGUCUAGAGCAGCAACGGAUUGAACAGCAGAAGCAAAGAGUGGAACAGCAGCGAAUUGAGCAACAACAGAAGCAGCACCUUGAGCAGCAGAGAUUGCAGAAGUUACAGCAGCAGACCCAAGCGCAAAACCCGUAUCAACAGCAAUCACCCUUCUCUCAACACACUCAGCCUCCGUUCCACCCAUCCCAAUACCAGCAACAUCAAAGUUCGUCCCAGCAUCAGUACAGCCAGCAUCAGACGCAAUUUUCUCAACCUCAGUCUCAAUUCCAAUCUUCUCCACGCCAGACACAGUUCCAGCAUUAUCAACCGCCAGCACACGCAGGUAUUCCUGCGUCUCAGCCAGCUGUUCCGGCGAUGCCGACUGCCACCCAGAGUCCGGUCAUGAAAGUUGAAGAUCCAGGCUCUGCGCUGAAGAAGAAGAGCAAACCUAAGAAGGUUGCGCAGACUCAACCUCAUGCAAAUCAGCCUCAGCCUCAGCCUCAGACCCAGCCCCAGUCUCAAACUCAAGCCCCAGCCCAAGCCCAUGGACAAGUUCAUGGGCAAGUUCAUGGACAAGGGCUCGUUGAUCAUCAAGUUCAGCCUAAUCCCCAGGCACACAUGCAACCUCCCAUGGGCGCACCUACUGUGACUCCAACUCAGACCAAUGGACAAGCGCACAUACCGACUGUCGCAGCUGCAGGCGCUGAUUUGGCAACUCCCACUCCCAAGCGUCGCCGUGGCCGACCACGCAAAGAAGAAGUUGCCGCUAGAUUAGCUGCUCAGGCUGCUCAUGCUGCCGCGAAUGGCGAGCCCAUGCCAGGAGUUCCACAACCGGGGCAAGCUUCUUUCACGGCAAACAUGACGCCGACGGGCGCUCUACCGCCUUCCUCUUCCAAGAUAACCCCGAUCUUAGGGCCUGACGGGACCCCUUUGAAGCGUAAGCGCGGGCGUCCUCGCAAGGCAGAUCAGAUUGCCUGGGCCGCUGCAACAGGACAGCCCUUACCGCCUCCAAAGCCCAGAAAGCCUUCUUCAGCGAAGCCAAAGCAACCCGGCACAGGUCGACCUCGUGGCAGACCUCGCAAGGCAGAUGUGGCUGCUGCUGCUGCUGCUGCUGCCGCAGCCGCAGCCGGCGGUGGCGACCUGACCCAGACCAAUGGGAACCCUCAAGCUCCGGAUGGCACUGAUGCGACAGCAGGAUUCAAGCGCGCGGCGUCAGCUGUGGAUGACGAAGGACGCAAACGUCCAUGUCCCACGCCGCCUCAGAUGCACCAAGGUCAGACCCUUCCAGGUCAGUCGAUGCAAGGCCGGCCGAUGCCUGUCCAAGGCAUGCCGAGUCAGGCCCUGCCGCAGCACCAGAAUCAUCACAUGUUUCAAGCCCAGCCGCAACAAAACAAACCUAUGCAAAGCCAACCUAUGCAGCAACAAUCAAGCCAACACCUUGGCCAGCCACAGGUUCAGCACAUGCAUCAACAGCAGCAGCACAUCUCUCCUCAACCGGGACACUUGACGCACAGCCACAGCCAAUCUCUUUCGCAGCAGGCGGGCCAGCAGAUGACAAUGCCACACAUGCAAAUUCAUCACCAGUCUCCUGCCCACUCAGCGCGUUCCCUCCCUCAUCAGCCCUACCUUCAGUCACCGAUGCAGCACCAGAUGCAGCACCAGAUGCAGACUGAGCCAAACCACGGGAUGGGCCAGCAGCGCAGGCCGCCAAUUCCUCAGCGAACCCAGGCACCUCCACCACCUGCGCCACAACACGAGCACCAACACCAGUUCCAGAUCAAGAUGCAGCCACAGCCUACUUAG